AACAACGUAAUGAAGAUACAAAGCUAUACGAUCUGAAAUGCACAAUUUAUGAAUUAUUAUUUAAAUUAUUCAUAAGUAAUGACAUUUCUUUAAAUAGUUUAUAUGUAAAAAUUUGUCAUAGCCAACAUGUUCUUAAUGUUAUGAUUUUCAAUGAAAUAUGCAAGAAACCAAAAUUUCUAUCAGACAUCAAAUAUUUUACAUUAGAUUUUGAUAGGUGUAAAGUUAUUCCUAAUUUACCGAUACCUUCCUUCGAGUACUCCCCAUCAGCGAUAACUUCAAACAAGCAUUUUACAAUUUAUUUUAAUUCGAAAAAGAACUUAUCUGAGAGGAAUUUAAAAUAUUUGAUUAAAUCACAAACGCAACUUUUAUCCCUCACACUUUAUACUAUAUCAUCAAAAGUAGCUUACUUAAUGAGUGCUUUGAAGUAUUGUUCUAAUACUUUAACUUCAAUUAAGCUUAAUUCUUGUGAUUUUAACGGCAUGCCAUCAUUGAAUGGACUUAAUUACCUUAUACACCUUGAAUCACUUCAAUUCAAACAUUGCAAAGUGAUAACAGUUCAGGUUUUUCGACCCUUACUUGAAAUUUCUACUCCACUAAAAAUCAAAACUUUAACACUAGAGGGUUUAAUUCAAUUUCUCCAUAUAUCUGGGAUUGUUCAUGUGGACAUAGUUCAGUUGUUUAAAUUAAUCACUCACGUUCGCAAACAUCUCCAAUAUCUUUCGCUUCAAAUUCGAAAUCAUCGUCAACCUUGUUUUAUUGAGUCGGACUAUGAACAACAACUAAGAGUUAGUUCCAUGAUCUUGACAAAUUUGGGUCAAAUCUUACCAGAUACUUUGAAAUAUUUAGAAUUAAAACUUGUAAUUGAUCCAAUCAAAUUGAAAAUCUUUUUGGAUAAUUGUAAACACAUUGUUGGUUUAAACAGUCUACUGGUUAUGAAUAAUUCCCAAAAUGAUAAUAUUUUUGAUGUUUUAAAAGAAUUUGUAAGGGAGAAAAAG